AUGCAACUAAGAAGGCGGCUUAAAAAGGAAGGACAUUUGUGGAGCAUGCACCCACGGCUUCAGUGUUCAUCCACUGGUGCUGGCCUUUCUUGCCAGGGCAUUUGUGCAGGCUUUUCCCUCCAUUGUCUUUUUUUUUUUUGCACAGGAGGCAACGGGUGGGCAUUCGUGAGUGCUGCGGCGGGCUGUUGUUGCCCUCGCCGGGACGCGCUUAACGGCGUCAGCUCCAUGACUUUUUGCACAAAAGGAAUGGGAAUUUCUCCGGAUUCUCACCGCAGGCGCAUGCCGUGGACGGCCGAAAAGGAGUGUGUGCCCGGUGUUGUUCAUAGCUCCAAGGAAAAGAUGGUGUUGGAUGGCGCACAACGAGUGGAUGUGGAUUGUGUUGACCGUGCAUCGCAGGUGUAUCCGCUGGAGGCAUUGCCGGCGGCCGUGGCCACAUGCGAGUACAAUACAUGCAGAGGAAAGAACAUUUUUAAUUGCUCUCUUAGGCGUAAUCCAAUGUACUCAGGCAAUGCUUUACUGCAAGGAUUGGCCGGAGGGGACGUACGACGAGAACGCCACUCGCACCGUCAUUCAUUUCCUUUGCCACGGCAGUAA